GCAAGCUAGGGCUUACAGGGUGCAGAAUAUGGGAUAUAAAAACACAGCUUUACUAACGUAACCCUCUUGUUCUCAGAAAAACCCUAGCGGCCAUUUAUCUGUUUACUGGAAUCCAAUCAGCAGCAAGCAAGCUAGGAACCAUGGCGGAUGUGGAGACAGACGUAACAGCAGGGCAGCCCAAGAAGAGAACGUUUAAGAAGUUCAGUUUCAGAGGAGUUGAUUUGGAUGCUCUUCUUGAUAUGUCCACUGAUGAGCUUGUCAAGCUCCUCAGUGCCCGUGCCCGCAGAAGGUUCCAGAGGGGACUUAAGAGGAAGCCUAUGGCUUUGAUCAAGAAGCUUCGCAAGGCGAAAAGGGAGGCCCCACCUGGUGAGAAACCCGAACCAGUCCGAACCCAUCUUCGUAACAUGAUCAUUGUACCUGAAAUGAUCGGAAGCGUUAUUGGUGUGUACAAUGGGAAGACCUUCAAUCAAGUUGAAAUCAAGCCUGAAAUGAUUGGUCAUUACCUGGCUGAGUUCUCAAUCUCAUACAAGCCUGUCAAGCACGGUAGACCUGGUAUUGGUGCCACCCAUUCAUCUAGGUUCAUUCCUCUCAAGUGAAAAGCUUGGCUUCAGCUCUAUGAUAUGAAGACGACUAUGUUGAUGAAUUUUUUGUUUAUUUAAUAUGGCUCUUGGAAAUUUUAGGUCUUUAAACUGUUAUUCUAGAGAUUUUGACUUCACUUGUGUUUUCAAGACCUGUUGUUUUUAUAUUUUAUGGUAGCACAAUAUGUUGAAUUUUU